AUGUUUAUCCCAGCAGAGGGUCCUUUGGAUGCAAGCUCGUCUGGAAAGAGUUCUAUUAGUGAGGGACGCCUGCGGAGAAGGAUGUCCGAGUCGACGUUUUCCGAGUCAUUGCCCCACGACAAUAAAGCGACCAAGGAACCCGAAACAGUGGCAGUGUUGUUGGCCAGCAACGAAAAUAGGCACCAGACUAAAGUAAAGUACUGGACAUUCUCCAUCAACUUCGUACCAGUGGUUGAUACCACUACAGCCGACAACGUUAGCGUUAACGAGAUUAAACGAGUUGGUAGAGGAGGUGAGCUUGAGGCACGCUUGAGGCCCAACAUUUCCUCAGACGCCAAACAUCCUUCCCCUGCUCCCCUUCGCAUCUCCCCCGAUUACUUCGACAUUCAUUCACGGUCCCAAUUGAGUCCUGGUCGUACUUUUCAUGCUCACGAUCUUCCGCGGAAGCAUUCCCGGAAGUUUGAUCAGGACAAAGGCAAAGAGAAAGAGAAAGCGACCCAGCUUUCAUACGCUUUCCCAACUGUGGAUCUUGCUCUUGAGGUGCCCGACUUUUUGUCGGGAGGUGAUAUCACUCCGAGGGUCCCGCGUCAUCGGACACGCACAGGCCCAUCAUCCACCAAGUCAAAGUGGAAAGAGACCCCCAUUCCAUCACUCCGGCUCUCUGUCGAGACCUCUAGUUUUGCAGAAUCCCCCCCGCAAACACCGAGAGACUCAUCUUCCAUCAGAAACUACUCCCUUGGCCAUUUCCCGGUAGUCGUCUCAGCCCCGGUUGCCGGGGUGGAGGCCAUGGAUGCAAUGGUGGACGGAAUGAAUGGUUUCACGAUGGAAGACUUCUUUGGAAAAAGCUCCUCUAGCCGCUCAAGGUUUGGUAAUGCAAGACAUCACCACCCAUUAUACCAACCACCUCUACCCACUCCUCCACCUGGUAUAGUUCUUGGCAGAGGGAAAAGACGACAAGAGAAAAUCGUGCCUUCAGACGAAGAUGAAGAUGAACCAAGGCCGUCGCCUCCCGCUCGUCGCAUUCCUCGCCGCACUCAUAUGCGACCUGGUUCUUCACGCAAGGGCUCCUCGUCGACAAUCACAGUUGACUCGGGGCUGUAUGAGGUCACCAUUUCGGCGCCAGUUGAUGGCUCCGUUGAUGACCUUCCAGUCGCUCUUGCGCAGCCACCAGAGCGUACAAGGACUGUGAUUCCUUCUAUUUCGGAAAUCAUCCGGAACCACGCUCCAGUUUCUGCUCAGAACCGCUCUAGAGAGCCUCCAAAACAUGGGUCCAGUAAUACCCACGCCGAUGGCCAUAACAAUGAUGUUGAUAUUGAGGAAUCUGAGCCUGAGCUGCUCACGCCUGAUACAGAAGCUGAACCGUUGGGCAGAUCCUCCCUUGAUAGCAUUGCAGAUGAAGUCCGUCGCACGUAUCAUAACCAGAAAAAAUCACAGGUCGCGCCCCCACUUGCAUCGCCUCGUGCUCCCCCACUCACCAUCCUACCUUCGAACACGUCGGACAGCUCAAGUGUACACCUUCGCGGGGCAGCCUCGGAGGUUAAUUCCCAUUCAUCGACUGCAUCAGUGCGGGAUUCGCAGUACUCAUUGGACCCCGUUCCCAUUACCACUUCUCCAACCUCCGUGCCCCAGGCCAUAGCAGAAUAUCUUCGCUCCGCUAGAUUAACGACUUUGCUGAAGCUCACACGAUUCCCUCACGCCUCACUUGAUCACCCGCUGACCGUCAGUCUUGCGGAUAUGGGUGAUCCAAAUGGUUUUCCUCUUGUUGUAUUUCUUGGUCUCGGCUGUGUUAGACACGUCAUGGGCCUGUACGAUGAAAUGGCAGAUUGUCUUGGCCUUCGCCUGAUCGCUAUAGAUAGAUGGGGUCUAGGCCGUACCGAGACUCCUCAUUCCAAAUCUGCUAGAGGCAUCAUGGAAUGGGCGGCAGCUGUCGAGGAGGUUCUCGACCAGCUAAAAAUAAAUGAAUGCAGCAUCGUUGCCCACUCAGCCGGCGCACCCUAUGCUUUGGCCUUCGCGAACCGUGUUCCUAAUCGUAUUCGGGGUGACCUUUGUCUGCUAGCGCCAUGGAUAGGCGGCUCCGAAAGUGGAGGAUACCGGUGGCUCAAGUACGUCCCGAAUGGCAUUCUGAAGACUGCACAGGCAGCGGAGUGGAAGAUCCAGGCGUGGAUGCUAGGAAAGCCACCAACUGUCGCAUACCGAGGAAUUGGUUACACCGCACCACUGUCUCCCAGAUUUCAGAAUGGAAAGUCGACGUCUGGCAAUGGAGUCCAGGCUCCUUCGCGACCUCAGAGCCCUGGAAGAAACAACGUUUACCCGUCGGAUAAUACCAAGAGACGGAUGAGCUUAGGUUCUGUGCUGUCCAGUGACUAUGAUGAUCUACGAGAUUUCGAUGGUCGCUUUGGCAGCCAAAGCACGCUUGGCGCACGUUCAAUAACGCAGCAGAGUAGAGGAAAGCCUUCUCGAGGAAUUCUAGGCAGACUUAAAGCGUCCAAAGCAAUUUCCCAGCCUCCUUCGCCUGCUGUUGAGUCUCCUCCCGCGAGAACCGUCGGGAAAACGCUCAAGUCUUUGAGAUCCAUGGGCUCCCUCAAGGGUAAAUCAUCUUCCGCUCCCAACACAAUCAAGAAGGUCGAUGUCCCAAGUCCGCAGCUCCCUCAACCAUUGUCGUUAGACAUGGGCUUAGGUCUUGGUGAAAUCGAUUGGAAUGCCACGAAGGUUCGAUCUUCCCCUAGUCCUACACCAAUCCCUCCACCCCCCAUCAAAGCGACCAAAUCCGUCGAAUCGCCCUCUGAUAAACCCUCGCUCAGAGUUCUUCCACGACAAACUGGCCGGCGCUCUAUAUCCUUUA